GGUUGUCUUGCUCACAUUAGCGAACAAUUUUCCCGGCCGGCAGGUUUUUGGGUGCGGUGCAGUAGGGUUUUCGAAAAAACAAGGAUUUUAGCGUAAAUUACUAUCACAGCACAAUAUUUCCCCAAAGAAGAUGGCAGACAGCAGUCCGGAAAGUACAGGCGAGAACAUGGAAGGUGAAUAUUCUUCACCCGAAGAACAAACCACGCAAAUUGUAAAUCAAAAGAUUAUGGGUCAAAUACAACCGCUGAUCGAACAGAACAAGUAUGCUGCAUUGCUUCAAGUCAUCGAUCUAAGCAUUCAGCACAUUAACCAGAGAAAGGAAAUAAACAAUCUUCAGCAGUAUAUUAAGCAAGUGCUGGAGGACAGAGUGCAGAUUAAAAGUGAUCUAAUCGUACAGCACAACUUUAAGACAAAUGUGCAAAGCAUUGAAGACGUAAAACAUGCCACUUCCAUACGGCUGCGCGAAAAAUUGGAAGCCAUCAAUGCACACAUGAAGUCGAACGACGCGAUGCGCUUGCACCUGAAGGAGGAUGACGCAGUGGCUCGAUCGGAAAUGGAAGAAAUUAAGAAGCUUCUAGAGGCGCUAACUGACAAGGCGAAUGUCCUUCAACGUACCCACAAGGCAGGGGAAAGCCGAUUGAAAGACCUAAACCAACAGCUGCACAUUGCUUCGGUGGAAAAGGAAAAACUUCAGCACGAUUGUCACGCAAUCGAGUGUGAAAUGCAUAAUGUUGCAUCGGACCAUGCUCAAUGCAUGCAACAAAUUAAGAAUACACUAAUGGAAAAGGAAAGCAAUAUUAAACAGCACGUCGAAGAGUUGAAACGUGAACAGCAAAGCUUGGCCAAACAAGCGAGCCUUUUUGAGCAACUGCAGUCCGAGAUUAACGCAAUGCGAAUCAAUAACGAACAACUGAAGCAAACUGUUGAAUGUGAACUGUCGAAGGAGGCGGAACAUUAUCGCGAGCAAAAUGCUUUUCUGGAGCAAUCAUUUGAUGAAAUGAAAAUGAAAAACGAAAAACUGAUCGAAGACAUGACAGAAACCAUUGCGGGUUUGGGCAAACAAAACCAAGAAGCCGAGAAACGUAUCAAUGUGCUGAAAAACACGCAGUACGAUUUGACGAUCAAAUUGGAAAAAUUGAAUGAUCAGAAUAGCAAGCUGAAAAAGGAGCUGGACAACUACAACCGCAACAGGGAUCGAGAAAUGGAGUUUGCAAGGCUUAAGGAAUCUAUUAAAGCGUCCAAGGCCAGUGCAAAAGAGUCUGUAGUAAAAAAGAUAAAUCCACUUUGGAGUACCCGUCCGAAGAGGCUUCUUUUCACCAAAGCGGCAAACAAUAACAAUAACCAAGCAAAUGCUUCCAUUAAUAUCAACAGCGAAAGUGAUCAAUCAUGUGCUUUCGAAACUUCUGCAUACUUUGAGGGUAAAUUGUAGUAGAAGAUUUGGUAAUUCACUGCAAUUCAUUACAUUCACUAAACAUUUUCAAAUAUGAUAACAUUUCUUUAACUAAUAUGGUGCACACAA